AUGGAUUGGCCCUAUCAAUUCGUUACCCUCUCUGAGGCUGAUAGGCACAAACGCCGUAUUCUAAACGAUCAGCAUGGCCUAUAUGCACAUUUGUCACCCCUUGUACCCAUCCUUGGUUUGCUCUUAGUGAGACUUGUACGAUGGAGGCUAGGUAAAUUGACUGACAAACAAGCACCAUAUGACGCUGAGGCAACAUCAUCUGCCGUUGCGUUUUAUGAAGCGUCUGUCGCAAGCUCACCGUUGGCUCUAUGGCGCCGUUUUACCUGGUGGCUUAGCGACAACGUCGAAUUCGCGGGCCUGACCUUGUGUCAAAGAGAUCAGUUGAUAUUUGGUGGUGUCUGGGCGGCUUGGUUGCUAUUUCUCUGUACAAAGGACACAGGAACAGAUUAUCAUCAUCUGGCUCGACGAUUUGGCAUUGUCGGCAUAUCUCAGCUGCCCAUGCUCUACCUGCUAUCACUAAAAUGGUUUAAUCCAGUUGCGCUCAUUUUACGCACAUCGCAUGAACAUUUGAAUCGAUGGCAUCGGACUCUUGGUCGUAUGACAUACUUACUCAUUACAUUUCACGGGAUUUUAUAUCUCAACUACUACUUUCAAGUCGGGGGAUUGCCAGCAGCUUUUUUUCGCGCUGUUCCAGCGCUGGGCAUGAGUGGGUUUUUUUGCAUGACAUUACUCAACACUGCCUCGCUGAAGAUGAUACGUCGACUAUCGUACCGGCUAUUCUUUAUCAUCCAUAUACUAGUCGCUCUGACUGUUCCUUUUAUUGUCUGGUUCCACGUUCCGCAUGGGAGGAUCUACAUGGCUGAAGCCUUAGCAGUGGCUAUUAUGGAUCUUGGCAUUCGCCGAUAUACCAGGGUAACGAGCUUCUGUGCCGUAGAGGCUAUUUCCGGCACUGAUCUUGUCAAGAUCAAAGUACAAGGCUCGGACAAAAUGAUGAAGAGCCUGGUAUCUCGCCCUGGGUCACAUAUCUACCUGAGCAUUCCUCCUGCAUCAAGAUCAAAGAAAACUCCUUUGCUGUUAUCACAUCUUGGCUCUGAAUUCAUAUCCAAUCCAUUCACGGUCGCAGCUAUUGAUGAAGAGGCAGGGGAGUUUAUGCUCGUUGUCCGUCAAAUGAGAGGGCCGACGACGAAGACUCUGUCGAGCUUUUCGAACCCAUUGUCGAGAGACAUUCAUGUUGCUCUUAGCUUUGACGGUCCAUACGGGGGUUAUACCAAUUUUCCUAGUUUCUCCGGAUCUGAAUUUGACGGCGUGUUGUUAUUUGCUGGAGGCGUCGGUGCAACCUUUAUUCUGCCGCUGUUCAAGCAUAUCAGGACAGAGAACCCAUCGUUACGGGUUCAGAUGAUUUGGGCAACCCGCAACAUCAACGAAGCGGCGUGGUGCACCACUCAAGCAGGCAACAGAAUUUUGAAAGAGGGUGGGUUGCGCCUCUUUUGCACAAGGAGUGCAUUUGAAUCAACAGAGAAUUCGGCGUACGAAUGUUCAAGCAUAAGUGAUGUUGAAAUGAGCAGUCUUGACAAGGAGAGUAAAGUGAACGAUAGCAGUGUACCUGUGGAAAGCUUUCAGCGGCCAAAUAUAAGGCAGAUUGUCAACGCUUUUUUUCAGCAAGGUCAUGGUAGACGUGUUGGAGUUGUUGUAUGUGGCCCUGAUGAAAUGGCUGCUGAUGUGAGACGGGUAGUGACACACUGGGUCGAGAGAGAUAGGGAUGUCUGGUUCCAUAACGAGAGUUUUGGCUGGUAG